AUGGCUCCAUCCACAAAAUCCCCGGUAGCCAUUCUUCGAGCCCUCCUCUUCUUCAUCCCCUGGCUGCUCCAUCUCAUCCUCGCAAACAUCCUCUUGACCCUCACCCUGCCCUUCUCAUGGCCGUUUCCCGCGCAGAUAUACGCGGUAAACUCGCAGAUCGCGUACACCGUCUGGGUGCACAUCCAGCUCUACUUUGAGCGCUCCCGGGGCGCAAAGAUCACCGUUUCUGGGGAUGAUCUCCCGCGCUUGGAGAAUGCAAUCGUGAUUGCCAAUCACGUCUCGUGGACGGACUUCUACCUGGUCCAAGCUCUGGCCGUCAAGGCGGGCAUGCUGGGCAGCAGUAGAUACUUUGCCAAAGCCUCGCUGCGGUGGGUCCCGUUCUUGGGGUGGGGUAUGAUUGCGCUUGGUAUGCCCAUGGUCUCGAGGAACUGGGUGAAUGAUCGUAAGGAGUUUGAAGCUCUCUUUGAGGGCAUCAAGAGCGCAGCUCUGCCAAUCUGGUUAAUUGCGUACUCUGAAGGCACUCGCUUCACGAAGAAGAAAUGGGAGGACACCAAAACCUUCUGCGAGAGCCGCGGGAAGCCUGUCUUCCCGCACGUCCUCUACCCGCGCUCCAAAGGGUUCGUGACGGAGGUGCAGAACCUGCGUGACGGCAGCUCGCACAUCAAGCACGUCUACGACCUGACCCUGGCCUACUCAAAGGCCGGUGGUAGUGGGAAGGGAUUCAUGGAUGCUCCUACAAUGUGGGAGACAUUUGCUAUGGCGCGAGUCUCGCCGCCGUGGAGGUUCCAUGUGCAUGUUCGUAGAUUUGAGAUCAAGGAGCUACCGGAGGAUGAGGAGGGGCUGAGGACAUGGCUGGAGGAGAGGUGGGCCGAGAAGAGCCGGAUUUUGCAGGGAAUGGAGGGGGAGUGGACGGAGUUUGAAGGGUUGGGAGAGGUGGAGAGCUUGGUUUGA